UAUAAAUAGUCAAAAAAUAAUAAAUAAUAUUGAUUACUUGGAAAAUGAUAUGGAGAAUAAUAAUGAUGAUGAUGAUAAGAUAGUAAAAAAUUCAUUAGUAACUGAUAAACAUUGUGAAAGACGAAGUAGUAUAACAAACACUGCAAUUGGUUCAAGCUUAGCAGCAAGUUUAGUUGGCAUAUCAACGAGUGUAUCAAAUGAUUUAUUAAGUCUUGAUAUAACAAAAAACACUAAAAGUGCAACAGCAUCAACAAAUUCAGUAUGUUCAACAAGUCCAAAUGAUGAACAAGAUGAUAAUUGUCUUGCAAAUCGUUUACUUGCAUAUCGUAGAAAAUCAAGAUUACCAUUAUUACGUAUUGACAUGCCACAACCACAUUCAUGGUCAAAUUUUGAUGCUGUUCAUGAACAAGAAGAACCAGAUAAUCAUUCAUCACCUGACAAUGACAAUCAUACACAUCAUCAUCAUCAUCAUCUUCAUUUUCCACAUAUACCUGUACCAAGUUUUUCAUUCACAUCAACUGGUCCUGAUGGUAAUCCACAAAGAAAAUUCAGCUUUGGAAUACGAAGACAUUCACAGAUGACACUCCAGGGUACGGACUCGAUGGUUUCACUUUGCUACAGGCCCCUUGCCACAUACAUCAUCGAAGACAAUCUUUCAGGAUUGCAAAGUUUUCUUGAAAACAAGAGAGUUACUAUCGAUGAUAGAGAUGAAAAUCGAGGAACAGUUCUUAUGCUUGCUGCAUCAAAAGGCAAAAUACAAUUUGUCCGUGAGCUCAUUAAUCACAAUGCCGAUGUCAAUGCAAUUGAUAACGAUAACUGGAGUGCAUUACUGUGUGCUGCUAAAGAGGGUCAUACAGAUGUGUGCCUUGAACUAUUGGAUCAUGGUGCUGAUUUGGAGCAUCGUGAUGAUGGUGGUUGGACAGCACUUAUGUGGGCAUCAUACAAAGGACGUACAAACACGGUGACAUUUUUAUUAUCACGUGGUGCUGAUGCAAAUGCACAUGGCAAUUAUCAUAUAUCAUCAUUAUUAUGGUCAGCUGGACGUGGUCAUGCAGAUAUUGUAAAAGAAUUAUUAAGCUAUGGCGCUAAAGUUAAUGUUGGUGAUAAAUACGGUACAACAGCAUUAAUAUGGGCAUCAAGACGAGGAAAUAUUGAAAUUGUUGAUACAUUAUUAAAAGCUGGUGCAAAUAUUGAUACUGCUGGUAUGUAUUCGUGGACAGCACUUAUUGUUGCAACAAUGGGUAAUCAUUUGGAUGUUGUUAUGCUAUUGUUAGAACAUAAAUCAAAUGUUAAUGCACUUGAUAAAGAUGGAAAUACAGCAUUGGCAAUUGCAUCAAAAGAAGGAUAUCAUGAAAUUGUUGGUGCUAUAUUAAAUGCUGGUGCUUACAUAAAUAUACAAGAUCGUUCUGGUGAUACAAAUUUAAUUCAUGCUGUUAAAGGUGGACAUAGAAGUGUUGCUGAGGCAUUAUUAAAAAAAUAUGUUGAUGUUGAUAUUGCUGGUAAAGAAAAAAAAACAGCAACAUAUGUUGCUGUUGAAAAGGGUAAUGUACAAAUGUUAAAAAUGUUAUUACAUGCAAAUCCAGAUUUAGAAAUAGCAACAAAAGAUGGUGAUACACCAUUAUUACGUGCUGUUAGAUCGAGAAAUUCUGAAAUAGUACAAUUAUUAUUGGAUAAAAAAGCUAAAGUAACAGCAGCUGAUAAAAAAGGUGAUACUGUAUUACAUAUUGCAAUGAGAGCAAGAUCAAAAGCAAUUGUUGAAAUAUUAUUAAGAAAUCCAAAAAAUUCACAAUUAUUAUAUAGACCAAAUAAACAAGGUGAAACACCAUAUAAUAUUGAUUUAAGUCAUCCAAAAACAAUACUUGGACAAAUAUUUGGUGCUAGAAGAUUAAAUACAAAUGAAGAUAAUGAAAAUAUGCUUGGUUAUGAACUUUAUAGUUCAGCAUUAGCUGAUAUAUUAAGUGAGCCAUCAUUAUCAACACCAAUAACUGUUGGUCUUUAUGCUAAAUGGGGUUCUGGUAAAGGUUUUUUAUUAAAUAAAUUACGUAAUGAAAUGCAAAAUUUUGCAAAACAAUGGAUUGAUCCAGUCUUCCAAUUUACAUCAUUAUUAUUUGUAAUAAUAUUACAUAUUGCAUUAAUAAUGGGUGUUAUACUUGGUCUUUCAUUACAAUCAUGGGAAUAUGGUUUAUCAUUUGGUUGUUUUAUAAUUAUAUUUAUUUAUACAAUACUUAUAUUAAUAUAUUAUGCAAAUAAUUAUUAUGAUUGGGAUUGGCCUUAUAAUUUUAAUGUAUCAUUAGUAACAAGACUUAAUUCAAUAAAAUUAUUAUUACAAAUAAUUUUUUGUCAUCCACCAAAUGGUAUUGAUACAACAGCAACAACAGCAACAACAACAGCAGCAGCAAAUGAUACAGAUACACAGCUAACAAUACAACCAAUAAAAUUUUAUUUUACUGAUCAAAUGAAAGUUGGUACAACUGUUGCUGGUGAAAAUGCUGUUGUACAAAUGGUUGGUUCACUUUAUGAUUCAAUUGAAAAUGAUUUUGGCUCAUUAGCAACAAGACUAUAUCGUGCAUUUCGUCCAAAAUUAUCAAAAUCAACAACAACAUGGACAUGGAGACAUUUAUGUUGUUUACCAUAUUUUGUUAUAUUUGAAAUAUGUUUUUUAAGUUUUAUUAUUGGUAUUAUUGUUAUAACAAUAUUUUCAAUUGAUGAUUUUAGAGAAAGUCAUUUAUUAAAUAAUCAAACAAAUAAUCCAUCACAAAAUUAUCAACGUGUUAUUGAAAAAAAUGAAGCAACACUUAUUUUUAUAAUUGUAUCAUCAAUACUUGCAUUUGGUAUUAUUGCAAAUUUUUAUACAUGGGGAAGAACAAUAUCAUCAUUAUUAUUUUCACAAAGAAGACAUUUACAACGUGCUAUUAAAAAUUGGGAUUCAUUAAAAAGUGAAGGUUUCACUGAAACAUUAAGAAGUGAAGUUACAUUAAUGACUGAAAUGGUUAGAUGUCUUGAUAGAUAUACAUUACAACAAAGUCGUCUUGUUUUAAUUGUUGAUGGUCUUGAUAGUUGUGAACAAGAUAAAGUAUUACUUGUACUUGAUGCAAUGCAAGCAUUAUUUAGUGAUAAUGGUUGUCCAUUUUUAAUAAUACUUGCUAUUGAUCCUCAUAUUAUUGCAAAAGCUGUUGAAACAAAUUCAAGAAGAUUAUUUACCGAAUCAAAUAUUGGUGGACAUGAUUAUCUCCGUAAUAUGGUACAUUUACCAUUUUAUUUACAAAAUAGUGGAUUAAGAAAAAUUAAAGUUGCCCAACAAAUCGCUCAACAUAGUAAAAAAACAAUUAUUGGAUGGAAUGAUAAUGAUGAAAAUGUUAAUUAUGCAACAACAAGCGCUAUUCAUAAUUCAAUGUCAAAUAGAAGACUCAGUACUGAAUCAAGUGUUAUGAAUUCAAAUGAAAAAUUAAAACCACCAAGUAGAAAAGGUAGUAGAAAAAUGCGAUUAAGUGAAUCAGUUGCAAGCAGUAUUGGAAGUAAUUUAAAUCGUCUUGGUGGUGCACAAGAUUUGAAUAAAAUGUUGCUUACUGAUGAUUACUUUAGUGAUGUUAAUCCAAGGAGUAUGAGACGUCUUAUGAAUGUCGUCUAUGUAACAGGCAGAUUGCUCAAAGCAUUCCAGAUUGAUUUCAACUGGUAUCACCUUGCCAGUUGGAUCAACAUAACCGAGCAAUGGCCUUUCCGAACAUCAUGGCUUAUACUUUAUUAUGAUAUGUGUGAGGAUACACUUGAAGAUUCAACAUCAUUAAAAACACUUUAUGAUAAAGUACGUCCUCAAAUACGAGUAUUAAAAGAUGGUGUUACAUUUUUAGAUAUGGAUAGAGAUGAAAAAAAAAUGGAUGUAUUUUUAACAUUUCAUCGUUCAAGUUUAUUAGUUAGUGAUAUGAAAAUAUUUUUACCAUUUACAAUUAAUCUUGAUCCGUAUAUUAAAAAAAAAAUUAAAGAAGAACAUCAAAGUAUUGAAGAAAAUUUAAAUCAAGGUCUUUUAAUUAAAAAUCCAUGGCAUGGUGGUAAUAAUGAUCCAUGGAGUUAUAGUAAUAAAUCUACAUUAACAAACCGUCAGAGUAAAUCAAUGAGAAAUAAUUUACAAACUUAUGGAAGUAUUCCACCAUCAUCAAUACCACCGCCACCACCGCCAUCAGUAUCAUCACAACUUGAACAUAUACAACAUUCACAAUUACCAGGUUUACCAUGGUCAAUACCAACAUACGAUUGGAUGUCACAAACACCUUGGACUCAUCAUCCAGAACAACCAAAAUUAAUUUCAACAAAUUUACCAACUGAAAUUAUGGAAAUGAAAUUAUCUACAUUAAAUGUUAAUAAUAUUUGUGAUUUAUUGUCAAAAAUUGAAGAUAUUAAUUCAAGUAGACUUGAAUUAUAUAAAAAUAUCAUUAGAGAUAAUAAUAUUAAUGGAAAAGUUUUAUUAUACUGUGAAUUAACAGACUUAAAAGAGGUACUUAAAAUGGCAUUUGGUGACUGGGAAUUAUUUAGAAUGGUAAUAAUUACAAUGAGAGAACAAGAAAAAACAAUAAAUAUAAAUAACGAAGAAAAUGCAAGAAGUGUAAGAUUUACUGUUGGGCCAGAUCAAAUAAGCUGGAAGGAUCAGCGUGGUCAUCAUCAGGAUCAAGUGCAACUUAAUGUACAACGUAGUUCAUCUCAUAAUGACAAGGAAAAAUCAUCAACAAGUCGAACAGAUGGUCCACCACCACGUCGUGAUGCAACAAAACACUCAAUAAUGGAAAAACAGGUUACUUUGGAGGAACAAAUGAUUUGUGGUGCAUUGCAAACAUUAAAUGAAGAAGCACUUGAAGAUUGUUUGGAUGUACCAGCUCCAGAAAUACCAACAGACUCACUUGCAGAUUGUCGUCCACGAUCACACAGUAUCACUCGUGCACCAGAUACUGAUUAUGUUAUGCUUCAACCAUCACCAAUUUAUCAUUGGGUUCCAGUUACUGAUGAAUUCGAAUCUUCUGAUUCAAGUUCACAAGAUUCAGUAUAUCGUCAUAGCAGUAUUACAUCACAACAAAGUACACGUUCAACAUUAUCAACAUCACGUCAAAAUUUAAAAAAAAAAACAAAUAAUAAUAAUUUUAAUAAUCGUCCACGUUCAUUAUUGAUAUCAUCACCACCAUCAUCACCAAAACCACCAAAUCGUUCAAAAUCAACUGAUGAUACAUUACAAACAACUGUUAAUUGUCCAAAUACAAAUGUUGAAUCAUCAAUAAAUAAUGAAAUAAUAAUUAAUAUACCAGUUACCACAGUUACCACAACACAAUUAAAUUAUGACAAAUUUGGUAGAAUGAAAGAUUGUUUAAUGAAUGAUAAAUCAAUAUCAAAUCAAGUUGGUAUAUCAACUGACAGUGAUGAUGAAUCAACACCACUUGUAUCAGAAUUAUCAACACCAUCACAUGCACACUCACAUACAUUUAGUCCAGACUUUCAAGAUCGUCAAUUAUCAUUGUCACUACAUUCAUUAAAUCAACGAAGCUAUGAACGUUCAGUUAAUGAUGAUUAUUGUGAUGCUGUUAGUCUUAUUAUUCAUGAAUCGUCAGAUACACGAUUACUCGAACGACAAAAUGCUGAAGACUGGGAUAGUCCAGAAACAUCUGUUUAAAUUAAAAUUUUUUUUUUUAAGACUUACUCUCUUAUCAAUUUUAUAAAAUAGACAAUUUUCUUGUAUUUGUGUAUUAUUAUUAUUAUUAUUUUUAACUCAAUGCUGGUGAUUCAAAAAAAACAAUUUAUAAUGAGUGAGUGUUCGGAAGCUAACAUAUUUUUUUUUUCUGAGGUGAUAAAUGAUAAGAUAAAAAACGUGUGUUUACUUGAAAAAAAAAAAAUAUGUAAAAUAAAUCUCCACUGACGAGGCUGUAAAUUUUGAGACAUUAAUUUUACUAUUUAAAUUAUUCAGUAUUUUAUAUAUUUUUUUGGUGUAUUGAUAAUUUUUUUUUUUUUUUUUUCGUAAAUUUCAAAAAGGCUUAAUACGUCAGAUUACUAGCUCAAAAUAUAUAAGAUGUAUAUUCUUGUAUAUACUUUUAUCAGCACAUAGGCAAUUUUCGAGAUAAAUCAUUGUUUUUUCUUUUUUUUUUGCCAAAUUAAUUUUAAUAAAACUGAGAGAUAUUUAAAGUAAUAAUCAUGGAAAAAAAAAAAAUGUUAUUUCUGCACAUCGAUAUUUAAUUAUAUAAUUUUAAUAGUAAAAUAAUUUUUAAAAUAUUGAAAACUAGAUAUAAUUAAUACUGAGGGUCAAAUUAAAUUUGAAUAAAUAAUUGACAAAACAUGUAUACGUUUUACGAAAAUAAUAUGUGAUAUAAAAAUAAUUGAUAUAAAAUAGUAUUAUCACAAUAUUAUAUAGUGCCUUAAUUGCGAAAAAAAAAAGUUCGUUUUUAAUAUUAAUAAUAAAAUUAUAUUUUUUAUUUAUUUAUCGAUAAAUUAGCUUCAAUAUUAAUAAAUAAAUAAAAUGUAAUUGUUAAAAAAAAUUAAUAACAA